UCAGUUGAUCGUGUGUCAUGAUCGUCAACGGUUUUAUAUUCACAGUUCUUAUAAUAUCAUGCAACGGUCAAUUAAACACAUUUACAUCCUUAUUCACAGACGUGUGGACAAAAAACCCUUUAGUACAGUUUACAGCACGAGCGUCUAGUGAAGCUUUAGCUAAUACUGUAGAUAGUAUUACAAAAUUUCCUCUCGCAGUGGCCGGAGCUAUACGUGCAGGAUUCAAUUUUCCCACCCUCAUAAGCCCUACUAAUGUUGUAGAUUUAACAGAUAAAUUUGUCGCUGAAUUUAAUUCUGAUUUAAACAACGAAGAUGCAAACUUACAUAUCGGAGAUCUUAUACUCAAAUAUGGAUAUAAAGUGGAAAAACACAAAGUUCGAACAGAAGAUGGUUAUAUCCUUAGCAUGUAUAGAAUACCGAACAACGGAUCAGUAAUCUUCUUGAUGCAUGGAUUAUUUGGCAGCUCUGAUGAUUACGUAAUAGCGGGCCCAGAGAGCGGACUCGCUUACCUCUUGGCGAAAGAAGGCUACGACGUCUGGAUGGGAAAUGCCCGCGGAAAUAAACAUUCGAGACGUCACGCCAAAUUAAGUACAUCAGAAUCAGUUUUUUGGGAUUUCACCUGGCACGAAAUCGGAUUUUACGACUUACCUGCUAUGAUUGACUACGCUCUUGAGACUAGUAACUCUAAAACAUUGAUAUAUAUCGGUCAUUCUCAAGGAACAACAGCCUUUUUCGUAAUGGCUUCUGAGAAAACUCAUUACAACGAUAAAAUCAAUUUAAUGAUUGCGCUAUCACCGGUUGCAUUUAUGACAAAUGCAAAGUCACCUGUAGUCCGACUAUUGGCACCCGGCGGACCACUUAUUCACAGCGUGACUAAAACAUUGGGCAUUUAUGAAUUUCUCCCAGAUAAUUCAAUGAUAAGAAUGCUGAAACGUUUGAUGUGUGGCAGUGGAGCGAUAGCCGAAAUUUUGUGCAAUAAUAUCAUAUUUUUAGUCGCUGGCUUUGAUUUGGGUCAGCUUAAUGUAACUAAUCUUCCCGUGAUGCUCGGUCACAUGCCCUCUGGGGCAUCUACAAAACAGAUUGCGCAUUACGGACAAAACGUUGUUUCAAACGAUUUCAACAAGUUCGAUUACGGUUUAUCAGAGAACUUGUUACGUUAUGGUAAAUCGCGACCUCCAAGUUAUACGUUAGAACAAAUAAGCGCCCCAGUGUCAUUAUUUUACAGCGAAGCCGAUUGGUUGGCGCAUCCCGAUGACGUCAACAAGUUGUUCAACGAGUUGGGUAACGCUGUGGACAUUUACAAAAUACCUUACGACCAGUUUAAUCAUAUAGAUUUCUUGUUCGCAAAAGAUUUUAAGAAAUUAAUUUAUAAAAGACUACGGAAACUACUGUCAUUAUUUUAAUAACGGUUAUUUGUUAGAUCGAUUGUUUUUUAUUAUGUUCACUUCGCAAUA